AUGGCCGAAGCAUCGCAGACGGAUAUCAAAAUCGCCUGCGUGGCCGCCGGCUUCACCAUUGGCUUCGGCUACCUGACAGCAUGGGAUGCUUGGAAAGUCACGAGCUCGAUGCGCAACCCGCUGCGCAACCUGUUCGUGUGGAUGGUCUGGUCCGAGUUGGUCGUCAACGCUGCCAUGGGCAUCAUCGCCUGGCUGUUCCUGCUCGGCUACAUCAAAUCCGCCUUUGGCACAUACUUCUCAAUCGUCAUCCUCUGGGUCAUUGAGAUCCAGUUCAUCCUCCAGAUCAUCAUCAACCGCAUCGCCAUCAUCACAACCGACAAGUCCUUGCUUCGGAAGAUCCGAAUCACGACAAUCUGCUUCAUCACCCUCAUCAACAUCUCCGUCUUCUGCAUCUUCAUCCCCGGCCACCUGGGCGUCAACGACACCUUUGUUCGAAUCAACAACAUCUGGGACAAGAUCACCAAAGUCCUGAUCGGCGCCAACGACGCCGUCCUCAACUGGUUCUUCAUCGUGCAAGUCAAGAAGCGCCUCGUCGCCAACGGGCUCCAAAAAUACAACCGCCUCGCCGCCUUCAACACCCGCAUCGCCUUGAUCUCCGUCGGCAUGGACUUCCUCAUCAUCGGCACCAUGUUCCUCAAAAACGGCGCCGUCUUCCUGCAAUUCCACCCCGUCGCCUACAUCGUCAAGCUCAAGAUCGAGCUCUCCAUGGCCAACCUGAUCCGGCACAUCGCGCAGGAAGCCGUGCACGACAUCGGCGGCGGCAGCGGCAGCGGCAGCGACGGCAACAAAAACAACAACAGCCACCACCACUCGAGCCUGGUGCGCGACCGCCGCGAGUUCGGCGUGCCGGGGCAGACGCGGCACAGCGACGUGCCCAUGAAGAGCGGGUCGCACGACCACGCGCUGCGGGAGCUGGGGCGCAUCACGCAGAAGCGCGAGUAUACGGUUGAGGUGGAGAGGGCGCCGGCGACGGGGCCGGGGUCGGGGCCGCGUGGGCAUGGGCGUGGCGGGUGUGGUGGUGAGGGGACGGGGAGGAGUAGUAGUGCGUCGACGAAUGAUUAUGGGCCGACGAAAUGCGAUGGGGCGUCGGAUGAGACGCCGCUGCAUUGGUAG